AUUUUUCUCCUCCCCGCCCCAAAAAAUCAACUCCACCAACCAUCCAUCCAAAAUGUCCUCCCAAAAAUCGAUCCUCCUCCUCAACGGCCCUAAUCUCAACCUCCUCGGCACCCGCGAACCUCACAUCUACGGCAGCACCACCCUCUCCGACGUGGAAGCCAGCUGCCGGCAACGCGCCACCGCGCUGGGCGCCACCUUCCAAGCCUUCCAAUCCAACCACGAAGGCGCCCUCGUUGACCGGAUCCAGCAAGCCCGGGCUGAAAAAGUCGACGCGAUCAUUAUCAACCCGGGAGCGUACACGCACACGAGCGUAGCGAUCCGUGACGCCCUGCUCGGGGUGAACAUCCCCUUCAUCGAGCUGCAUGUCAGUAAUGUGCAUGCACGGGAGCCCUGGCGCCAUCACAGUUAUUUCUCGGACAAGGCGAGUGGGAUUAUUGUCGGCUUGGGAGUGGAUGGGUAUACGAUUGCGGUGGAGCAUGUGGUGAGGAAGUUCAAGAAAUUGGAGUAUUAAG